GCCCUAUUUACUGAGUGUGCAGUAAGAGUGGAACUACUGUAAAACAUUUUCCUCAUGUUCAACAGCAGUCAGUGAAGAAUGAUGGCGUCUGUUAAGCAACUGCUUUAUGACACACUGGAUGAUCUGGAAGAAGAAAAAUUGAAGAGAUUUAAGAGCUACUUAAGAGAAGAUGGACCUAUUCCAGUUUCUGUACUGGAGAAAGCAGAUGCAACUGACACAGUAGAUCAGAUUCUGGAUUGUUUUGGACCAGAAAGUGCUGUGAAGAUCACGUUACAUAUCCUAAAAAAGAUGAACCAGAACCAUCUUGCUGAACAGUUAGAGAACAAACACACCAAAGUCAAAAUAAUCAGCUGUGCUCAGACUGAAGUCAGAGUUGAUCUGAAUACUGAAACAGUCUAUUUAACAGAGGAUUGGAAGCUGCAGAAGUUUUUGGACUCACUUUUGACUCACAAAAUGAAUAUGAAGAAGAAAACAGAACAUAUUUUUGAGGGCAACAAAGAAGAUGAAACAGAACUCAAGGCUGUUUACACAGAACUGUUCAUCACAGAGGGAGAUAUGAAAGAUGUUAAUCAGGAACAUGAGAUUGUGAAGAUUGAUGAUGCUUUUAAGAACAAAAAAACACAGGACAAACCAAUCAAAUGUAAUGAUAUAUUUACUGAACUGAGGAAAAACAAUGAGAAAAAGAUUGUGCUGACCAAGGGAGUUGCUGGCAUUGGAAAAACUGUCUCUGUGCACAAGUUCAUCCUUGACUGGGCAGAAGGAGAAGUCAAUCAGGAUAUACAUUGUGUGUUCCUGCUUCCAUUCAGAGAGAUUAACUUAAUGACAAAUGAAGAUUUCAGUCUCCAUGAACUUCUGCUGGAAUUUUAUCCUGAACUGAAGAACCUGGAGAAAUCAAAGUUAUAUGAGGAAUGUAAGCUUGUGUUUAUAUUUGAUGGACUUGAUGAGAGUCACCUGCCUCUGAAUUUUAAAAGUAGGUCUCUGAACACUGUUGAGAAAAAAGCAUCUGUAGAUGUGCUGUUUACAAGUCUGGUCAAAGGGGAUCUGCUUCCAUCAGCUCUUGUGUGGGUGACAUCACGACCAGCAGCAGCCAAUCAGAUCCCUCCUCGCUAUGUAGGUUUAUUUACAGAGGUGCGAGGAUUCACUGACCAACAGAAGGAGGAGUACUUCAGAAAGAGAAUCACAGAUGAGAAUCUGGCUUCCAAAAUCAUCUCACACAUUAAGAUGUCUCGUAGUCUCUACAUCAUGUGCCACAUUCCUGUGUUCUGCUGGAUCACGGCCACAGUACUUCAGGAUAUUCUCAUUGAGAACAAUGCAGAGAACAUCAGCAUAACACUGACUGAAAUGUACAUUCACUUUCUGCUUAUACAGAUGAAUAUGAAGAACCAGAAGUAUGAUGUAAAAGAAGAAAGAGAAUCUUCAGAGCACUUGCAAUUAAAUAGAGAGAUGAUUUUGAAGUUAGCCAAGUUAGCAUUUGAACAACUGAAGCAGGAAUACAUUGUGUUCUAUAAGGAAGAUCUAAAAGCAUGUGGUAUUGAUGCUAGUAAAGACACUGAGUUCACAGGAAUGAUCGCUGAGAUCUUCAAAAGGGAACACGGACUUCAUGGAGCAAAGGUCUUCUCUUUUGUGCAUCUGAGUGUUCAAGAGUUUCUCGCUGCAGUGCAUGUGUUCAUCUGCUACCUGAACAAGAACAUGCAGGAGCUUCAGUUUUUCUUUGAUAAAUCAGAAGAAAAUAUCACAUUGCAGAAGCUACUGCAGAACACUGUUGAUAAGGCCAUGGAGAAUAAGAGAGGACAUCUGGACCUGUUCCUGCGGUUUCUAAUGGGCAUUUCACUGAAAUCCAGUCAAAACCUGCUUAAAGGCCUGAUCACACACACUGAAGACACCACAGAGAGCAUCACAAAAACAAUUGAAUACAUUAAACAAGAACAAAAUAAGUAUUUUAUCUCAGAUGAAGCUUUAGUUAACCUAUUUUACUGCUUACUUGAGCUCAAAGAUCAUUCAUUAUAUGAGGAAAUCCAGAGUUACCUCAGUUCAGAUGAACAUCCAGGAAGAGACCUCUCAUCUUCAAUGUGCACAGUGCUGACCUACGUACUGUUCAUGUCAGAGAAGGUGCUGGAUGAGUUCAACCCAAAGAGGUUCACGUCACCUUCAAACUAUGAGAGACUCAUCCCAGCUGUGAGAUGCUGCAGAAAAGCACUGUUGUGUGGGUGUCAUCUCACUGCUCAGUCCUGUGAAAGUUUGUCUUCAGCUCUACAGUCAUCAAACUCUGUCCUGAGAGAGCUGGAUCUGAGUAACAAUGACCUGCAGGAUCAUGGAGUGAAGCUUCUUUCUGAAGGAAUGAAGAGUCCAAACUCUAAGCUGGAGAUAUUGAGAUUGUCCAUAUGUAAUCUCACUGCUCAGUCUUGUGGGAGUUUGUCAUCAGUUUUACAAUCAUCAAACUCUGUCCUGAAAGAACUGGACCUGAGUAACAAUGACCUGCAGGAUUCUGGAGUGAUGCUUCUUUCUGAAGGACUGAAGAGUCCAAACUGUCAGCUGGAGAUACUGAGGCUGUAUAGGUGUCAUCUCACUACUCAGUCUUGUGAAAGUUUGUCUUCAGUUCUACAGUCCUCAAACUCUGUCCUGAGAGAGCUGGAUCUGAGUAACAAUGACUUGCAGGAUCAUGGAGUGAAACUUUUUUCUGAUGGACUGAAGAGUCCAACCUCUAAGCUGGAGAUAUUGAGGUUUUCCAUGUGUAAUCUCACUGCUCAGUCUUGUGGGAAUUUGUCAUCAGUUUUGAAAUCCUCAAACUUUGUCUUGAGAGAGCUGGACCUGAGUAACAAUGACCUGCAGGAUCAUGGAGUGAAGUUUCUUUCUGAAGGACUAAAGAGUCCAAACUCUAAGCUGGCAAUAUUGAGGUUUUCCAUGUGUAAUCUCACUGCUCAGUGUUGUGGGAAUUUGUCAUCAGUUUUACAAUCAUCAAACUCUGUCCUGAGAGAACUGGACCUGAGUAACAAUGACCUGCAGGAUUCUGGAGUAAUGCUUCUUUUUGAAGGACUGAAGAGUCCAAACUGUCAGCUGGAGAUACUGAGGUUGUCUGGCUGUAUGGUGACAGAGAAAGGCUGUCAUUGUGUGUCUUCAGUUCUGAGUUCAAACCCCUCACACCUGAGAGAGCUGGACCUGAGCUACAAUCACCCAGGAGAUUCAGGAGUCUGAAAAACUGAAGGAUCCAAACUGCAAACUGGACAAACUCAAUGUGGAUCAUGGAGGAGAAUCCAGGAUUACAGCAGGACUGAAGAAAUAUGCCUGUUUUCUCACACUGGAUCCAAACACAGCAAACACUGAACUCAUUCUGUCUGAGGAGAACAGAAAG